AUGCUUCACUCCUCAAGUGACCUGAGCACUCUCAGCUUUUUGCUGGUGUGUGUAACUGGGUUUAGCUCAGCCAUCAGCUCUAUAGACCCAGACCGCCCUGGGGAAGGGAGAUGCCAGCACAUUUCCAUCCCACUCUGCAAAGACAUUGGCUACAACAUGACCCGAAUGCCCAACCUAAUGGGCCACGAGGACCAGGGUGAAGCAGCCAUCAAGCUGCACGAGUUUGCGCCCCUGAUCGAAUUCGGCUGUCACAGCCACCUCAAAUUUUUCCUGUGCUCCCUUUACGCCCCCAUGUGCACGGAGCAAGUGUCGACGCCCAUCCCCGCCUGCAGGGUGAUGUGCGAGCAGGCGAGGCUCAAAUGCUCCCCUAUUAUGGAGCAGUUUAAUUUUCACUGGCCGGAUUCCCUUGACUGCUCCAGGCUACCUAACAAGAACGACCCCAACUACCUCUGCAUGGAAGCUCCCAACAACGGCUCGGAAGACCCGCCAAAGGGCUCGCACACCCAGCCGCCGGACUUCCGCCCCCCACGGCCCGGCGGCGGCGGCGGAGGAAGCGGCGGAGGCGGCAGCGGCCAAGAGCUCCCCAUCAAAGACGCGACAGGUAAAGAGACUUGCGGGAACCCGGGAAAAUUUCACUACGUGCAGAAGAGCGAAUCCUGCGCCCCGAAGUGUUACCCCAAAGUGGACGUUUACUGGAGCCAGGGCGACAAGCGCUUCUCUCUCGUCUGGAUCGCCGUAUGGUCCAUCCUCUGCUUCAUCUCUAGCGCCUUCACAGUUCUGACCUUCCUCAUCGACCCGCAGCGGUUUAAGUAUCCCGAGCGACCCAUCAUCUUCCUCUCCAUGUCCUACUGCGUCUAUUCGGUCGGCUACCUCGUGAGGCUUUUCGUCGGGGCGGAGAACGUGGCCUGCGACCGAGACGGCAGCGUGCAGUACGUCAUCCAAGAGGGCCUGGAAAGCACAGGCUGCACCAUAGUCUUCCUCAUUCUCUAUUACUUCGGCAUGGCUAGCUCCCUCUGGUGGGUCAUCCUCACUCUCACCUGGUUCCUCGCCGCGGGGAAGAAGUGGGGUCAUGAAGCCAUCGAAGCAAACAGCAGUUACUUCCACCUGGCGGCUUGGGCGGUUCCGGCCGUCAAAACCAUCAUGAUCCUGGUCAUGAGGAAGGUGGCCGGGGACGAGCUGACGGGAGUGUGUUACGUGGGCAGCAUGGACGUAAAAGCUCUCACCGCCUUCGUCCUCAUCCCGCUCUCGUGCUAUCUCAUCGUCGGCACGUCCUUCCUCCUCUCCGGAUUCGUCGCCCUCUUCCACAUCCGUAAGGUCAUGAAGACCGAGGGGGAGAACACGGACAAGCUGGAGAAGCUGAUGGUGCGGAUCGGCGUGUUCUCCGUGCUCUACACGGUUCCGGCGACCUGCGUCAUCGCCUGUUACUUCUACGAAAGGCUGAACAUGGAAUACUGGAAAAUUCUAGCAGGAGAGCAGAGGUGCGUGGAGGGAAGCGGCGGGAACGGAGAGGAGUGCGCGAUGAAGAGCUCCAUCCCGGCCGUGGAGAUCUUCAUGGUCAAGAUCUUCAUGCUGCUAGUGGUGGGAAUCACCAGCGGCAUGUGGAUCUGGACCUCCAAGACGCUACAGUCCUGGCAGAACGUGUUCAGCCGUAAACUGAGGAAGAGGACGAGGAGGAAGGCCGCAUGUGUUUUCACAGGCGCCGGGCCCUACCUUAAGCCUCACCCAGGAGUGAAGGGGCAUAAAACCGUGUACGAGCCAGCAGGUCCUCCUGCAACAUGUGUUUGA